AAACAACAUAAACAAAGAUGUUUAGAAAGUAGAAACUAAAUGUCAUUGCGUCUUUCAUCCCUUGCUAACUUCAAAAGGCCCCUCUACCUAUGGAACUUGAUGAUUAGAGACUCUACCAAUAAUGGGUUCUUCUUAGAAACUUUGAAGAUAUAUUAUUCCAUGACACACUGUGGUGUUCAUGGCAACAGUUUCACCUACCCUAUGGUCCUCAAAGCCUGUGCUAACCUUGCCUCCAGUCAACAUGGAACAAUGCUUCAUGGGCAGGUCAUGAGACUUGGGUUCCAAGGUGACACCUUUGUUCAAACUGCUCUUGUCGAUACGUACUCAAAAAGCUUCGAAGUUGCAUCUGCACGACAGGUGUUCGAUGAAAUGCCUCAGAGAAGUGCCAUCUCGUGGAAUGCCAUGGUUUCGGCUUACACUCGUGUGUCUUUGAUGGACCAGGCAUUGAGCCUCUUGAAAGAAAUGUGGGUUCUUGGUUUUGAACCAAGUUCUUCCACAUUCGUUUCGAUUUUGUCAGGUUAUUCCAAGUUGGAUUCUUCUGAAUUUCAUUUGCAGGGGAUGUCGAUACACUGUUGCUUGAUCAAACUUGGGCUUGUGUAUUUGGAGGCCUCUCUGGCCAACUCACUGAUGGGUAUGUAUGCCCAAUUUGGCCAAAUGGAUGAAGCAAGGAAAGUUUUUGACUUGAUGGAUGAAAAGUCAAUAAUUUCUUGGACAGCUAUUAUGGGGGGUUAUGUGAAAAUUGGACUUGCUGUGGAAGCAUUUUAUUUAUUUAAGCAAAUGCAACAUCAAAGAAUUGGCAGAGACUUUGUUGUGUUUCUGAAUCUUAUUUCUGGUUGCAUAGAGGUAGGAGAGCUUUUGUUAGCUUCGUCUGUUCAUUCUCUUGUGCUCAAAUGUGGGUAUGAUGAAGAGGAUUCUAUUGAAAACUCGCUUAUUACUAUGUAUGCAAAAUGUGGCAACCUCACAUCUGCUGAAAGGAUAUUUGAUCUGAUCAGUGAAAAAAGCAUUUUAUCAUGGACGUCAAUGAUUGCAGGGUACGCUCAUUCAGGUCAUCCAGUAGAAGCACUGGAUCUGUUUAGAAGGAUGGCAAGGACAGAUAUUAGACCAAAUGGAGCAACCCUUGCAACGGUCCUAUCAGCUUGUGCUGAUUUGGGAUCACUCAGCAUGGGGCAAGAGAUUGAAGAGUACGUUUUCCUAAAUGGAUUGGAGUCAGACCAACAAGUCCAAACAUCUCUAAUACACAUGUACUCCAAAUGCGGGAGCAUCAAGAAAGCAAGAGAAGUAUUUGAAAGGGUGACAGAUAAAGAUUUAACUGUUUGGACUUCCAUGAUAAAUAGUUAUGCAAACCAUGGGAUGGGAAAUGAGGCAAUUAGCCUCUUUCACAAAAUGACAACUGCAGAAGGGAUAAUGCCAGAUGCCAUUGUUUACACUAGUAUUUUGCUGGCCUGUAGCCAUUCAGGAUUGGUAGAACAUGGACUGAAAUUCUUCAAUAGUAUGCAAAAGGAUUUUGCAAUAGCUCCUACAGUAGAACAUUAUAUGUGUUUGGUAGAUCUUCUUGGUCGAGUUGGCCAGCUUGACUUAGCUUUAGAUGCAAUUCAGGGAAUGCCACUAGCAGCCCAAGCUCAAGCCUGGGGUCCAUUGCUCAGUGCUUGUAGGAUCCAUGGCAAUGUUGAGUUGGGAGAGCUUGUAGCUGCUAAGUUAUUAGACCUUAGUCCUGGAAGCUCUGGAAGUUAUGUAUUAAUGGCUAAUUUGUAUACCUCUUUGGGCAAGUGGAAGGAGGCUCAUAUGAUGAGAAAUUUGAUAGAAGCUAAAGGGUUGGUUAAAGAAUGUGGCUGGAGCCAGGUUGAGGUCAGUGGUAGAUUUCAUGCAUUUGCUGCAGGAAAUCAGUCUCGGGUUGGCUUAGUCAAUAUCUAUAAGACACUACAAGAUCUAAAUUUUACCCUUCAAGAAGGUAGCUAUACAGCAGAAACAAUAUCAGUGAAUGAUUAACUGUAAAAGAAAACAGACUAGGGAACCUCUGAUGACUUAUGGUUAUCCAAUUGUUGCAACUGGUCAUGUCAAUAGGACUU